CCGGCGUGACUUCAGUUGCUGCAGCUUCACGCUCGCGCUCACGGAGUGAUGAGAGAGAGGGAGAGAGAGAGACGGACAUGGAGUUCAACUGAGCAACAAAAGUAACGGAGGAGCCGCAGCACUUGAAGAGCCGGGCGGACGCUUGAAAGCAGUCUCCUCGCGGGCGCGGAGGGAGAUCGCGGCUCUCAGACGGCGGAUUUAUAACUGAUCGGCGUAAAGAUGAAGCUCUUGAAGCCGAGUUGGGUCAAUCACAAUGGUAAACCAAUAUUCUCAGUUGAUAUCCAUCCAGAUGGAACUAAGUUUGCUACAGGUGGCCAAGGUGAGGACUCUGGGAAAGUGGUCAUCUGGAAUAUGGCCCCAGUUCUUCGGGAGGAGGAGGAGAAGAAUGAGAAUAUUCCCAAAUUGCUUUGUCAGAUGGACAAUCACUUAGCAUGUGUGAAUUGUGUGCGCUGGUCAAAUAAUGGCUUAUACCUGGCAUCGGGAGGAGACGACAAACUGGUCAUGGUGUGGAAGAGAGCUGCUUUCAUAGGUCCAAGCACGGUGUUUGGAUCCAGCAGUAAACUGGCUAAUGUGGAACAGUGGAGGUGUGUCACGAUUCUAAGGAACCACACGGGAGAUGUAAUGGAUGUGGCCUGGUCACCUCAUGAUGUCUGGCUUGCGUCCUGCAGUGUGGAUAACACCAUCGUUAUAUGGAACGCUCGGAAAUUUCCAGAGAUAGUGAUGACUUUAAAGGGGCACACGGGACUGGUGAAAGGCCUGACGUGGGACCCCGUUGGAAAGUACAUUGCCUCUCAGGCAGAUGACCAUAGUCUGAAGGUCUGGAGAACCAUGGACUGGCAGCUGGAGACGAACAUCACCAAACCUUUCAGUGAAUGUGGUGGCACAACACACGUCCUGAGGCUGAGCUGGUCUCCAGAUGGUCAAUACCUGGUUUCAGCUCAUGCCAUGAAUAAUUCUGGGCCCACAGCUCAAAUCAUUGAACGAGACGGCUGGAAAACCAACAUGGAUUUUGUGGGUCAUCGAAAAGCCGUUACUGUUGUGAAGUUCAAUCCUAAGAUUUUUAAGAAGAAGCAGAAAAAUGGCAGCACGCCCAAACCUAGCUGCCCGUACUGCUGCUGUGCUGUGGGUAGUAAGGAUCGCUCAUUAUCUGUAUGGCUCACCUCACUCAAGCGUCCUUUGGUGGUCAUCCAUGACCUAUUUGACAAGUCUAUAAUGGAUAUUACAUGGACACUGAAUGGGCUGGGACUCCUAGUGUGCUCCAUGGAUGGAACUGUGGCCUUCCUGGACUUCUCGCAGGAUGAACUUGGAGAUCCCUUGAAUGAAGAGGAAAAGAAUGCAAUUCAUCAAAACAUCUAUGGAAAGAGUCUGGCCAUCACAAUGGAGUCACAGCUUUCCACCACAAUCAUUGAAAACCCUGAAAUGCUAAAGUAUCAGCAGGAAAGACAGGGGAACCAGAACGCUAAUGUAGCCCAGGGAAGCGGCCCUGAGAACCAGACGCCCAAACUCACUAAUGUGCUCAACGGAGAGUCCCUGGAGGACAUCAGGAAGAACCUCUUAAAAAAGCAGGUGGAGACCAGAACAGCAGACGGGAGAAGAAGAAUCACACCUCUCUGCAUCGCACAGCUCGACACGGGGGACUUCUCACCAGCAUUGUUUAACAGCGUCCCGAUCUUGCCGGGGUCAUCCGCAUCUACCCAGCUCACCCCUCAGAUCUCUUCUGAUUCCAACACGGCCAACUCACUGGGCCUGCGACCCUCUCAUGACCCCAGCACCACCUCUCCAAACAAAACCGCAGAAGAGAAUAAGGACAGUACAACAGCACCUGUAAACUCCAUCGGUAUGAAAUCAACUCUGCUGUUGACGUCCGCCUCCAAAAUCGAGCCCAUGAAAGCACUAGAUUCACGAUUUACUGAAAGGUCAAAGGCCACACCAGGGGUCACUAGCGUACCCAUCACCAUAGGCAUCACACCACUUGACAGGGCAAAAGACAGCAGCUCUGUGAAAGAGCCGAAAGGGAAAGAUGAAACCAGCAGCGACAGCGAGGACAAGAUCAUGAACAAAACGCUCUCUAUAGCCAAGAGGAAGGGAGAGAUUGAGGGAGGAGAGGUGGUGGAGAAGAGGAAGAAGGGAAGGCCAAGGAAAGAUGCCAAAAUGAUGAUGCCCAUAUCACAGCCUUUCCCGCAGACUCCAGUAUCGGUAAAGGAGGAGCUGCCUCGAUUAGCAACACCUGCAGUGGUGUUAAAACUUCCUACUCCAUCCAUACAGAAAUCAUUCAGCACUCAGGUGGGCACAGAUGCCGUCACGUAUCUGGAGGUGGAAAACGAGGUUUCGGUGGUGUCUGGAGCUCGUCUCAGUCAGCUCAAAUGGAGGAGAGAGGGCCGAGAGUGGGACACACUGCUGCCUAGUCGAAUCAUCAUAGCCACGGGGAGCAGUGAUGUGGUUGCAGUAGCGUGUGAGGACCGAACUCUCUCCGUCUUCACUGCCUGUGGACGGAGGCUGAUUCCCUCCAUCAUGCUGCCAGCCCCCAUGUCAGCACUUCACUGCUCGGGUCACUUCGUCAUGGCACUGAUGGCAUCAGCCACGCUGUCUGUCUGGGAUGUUCAGAAACAGACAGCUCUGGUCAAAAAUGAAUCUCUGAAUCCAAUCCUAUCAGGCACUGAUGCAACAGUAAGCCAGUCUCUUUUGACCCAGCAAGGUGUAGCAGUGGUUUCGUUGUCAAAUGGAAAAACAUACUGCUUCAAUUCAUCACUGGAGACCUGGAAUUUGAUCGCAGAUAAGCAGGACUCUCUGGUCCAGUGUGCAGACUUCCGCAACUGCUUGUCCUCUCAGGAUGUUUUGGGCUCCAUGGGGCCUCUGGCCCUCACACAGGGACGUAAUCUGAGCGCUGGACGGUUGGCAUCUCGCUUGUCAUCGACUCCUCAUCACUUGCAGCAGGGAAUGACUCUGGCCUUCUUGGAGAACCAGCUCUCCUCCGCCCUCAUGCUCCUCUCAGCGAGCGAGUACAGACACUGGCUUCUCAUCUACGCACGCUUUCUUGUAAACGAGGGUUAUGAGCAUAGGUUAAGAGAACUGUGUCAGGAUUUACUGGGACCGGUUCACAAAUCCAGUAGCAGCUCCUGGGAGUCCACAGUCUUGGGUUUGAGAAAGCGGGAUCUGUUGACAGAAGUCCUGCCUGUGAUUGGUCAGAACUUGCGGUUCCAGAGACUUUUUACAGAGUACCAGGAUCAGCUCGAAUUACUGCGUCUGAAAUAGCACUUGACCGUUUGAUGUUUCACCCCGACCCCUUCCUGGCCUGUACAUGUGCUAACAGUCUGACAGCACUGUCUACACCGCAGACACGGACACUAAUAAAAUGGACAAAAAUAAUGAUGCUCCUUUUUUUUUUUAAAUAAUGAAUUUGUUAAAUACAGUUAUUAUGUUUGUAAAGUGGUAAGAAAAAAAGAAAGGAUGGGUUCACUUAGGAUCAUUUUGAUCAAGCACAAAGCUUGUAUGGCAGGAAUCUCGAAACUGGACGUUUUUACUUCUGAACUAAAAGCUGAUGUAAAUUUAGUGAUCCGACUCUCCUUCCCUCCUUUCUUUUUGUCUUUCUCCUUCAGUUCUUAUUUGUACAGCCAUUUGUCAUUUAUUUGUAAAUGUUUGUAAAAGGCGAUUUUGUUUGUUUUUUUGUUUUUUUUCCCUCCAUUUUCUAUAAAAUUAAGAAAAUGGUAAACCUUCAAUUAAAAAAGGAAUA